AUGUCAGAUACAUAUUUGGUGUCCAUCAUCUUAGUUAGCAGCUUGUCACUAACUUGGUUUACUGGUUUCGGGUCUGUCACGAGUCCUCCCAGGCGAAAGAUCAAUGGGUUGUUUCAGUUUGAUGAGAAGUCAGACAGUUGGGUACCUGUUGAAUUGCCUUAUAAUUUAGUUACCUGUAUCAAUGAUAACUGUACUAUAGUGGGUUCAAUUGGCCAGGUGCCAGAAAAAGGAAAGAAAUUGCAGGGGAAUGAAGUUGAUACAGGAAGAAAAGCAAACAAGAAGAUUUACAAAAGGCUUUUACCUUUGAGGAAGCGCGUUUCUUUGACAAAAAUGUCUGAUGCAUCAAUCUGGAUCACCGGUGAGAGUGGUUCGAUCUAUGAGAGAUUCUGGAAUGGAGUUCAAUGGGUGAUUGCUCCCCAUGAUUUGCCUGCAUCUGUUGAGCCUGCAAUAUCUGUGUUUUUUGUCAAUCAGACUAUUCUUGCCCUUUCUGAAGCAGGGUAUCUUUAUCAGAUGCAGCUGAUCGAAAAUUCACAACUAGUUUGGACAAAGAUUGAAGCUUCAGUUGACCACACUGCAAAAGAACAAAGAGAGCAAAGCAUGAUCAAGUCUGGAGUUGUUACAAAAGAUGGAGAGAGAAUUUACUUCUGCACAGAGAAUGGGUCACUAUUAGAACUUGUUGAGGUUGAACCAUCAAGGUGGGUCAAUCACGGCCAGCCCCCAGGUGCAGACGUUGCAGCUAUAGCCGAUGUGGAUACGAUCAGAUCAAACCUUGUCUUCACAAUCAGUUCGGCAGGAGACCUUUACGAGCAUGACAAAAGCACAAAACCACCAUGGAAGAAGCAUAUAUGGAGAGAAGGGUCGGGAGAAGAUACUUCUCUGCUACCAUCGAGGGGUUGCAGUGCUCAAGGGCUAAGAGGACCUUCUUCAAUAUCGCUAUUUCUGCUAAGCAAGGUGGGUGAGCUGGUUGAGAGGCGAUUGAACCAGAGAAAGUGGAAAUGGAUAGUACACAAAAGUCCAGAAGAUCAAUUAUUCACAUCAAUCACACCAGUUCCAGAAGAUGAUACCAGUGACAAGUAUUCAGUGCUCCUAACAACGGCAUCAGGCUCAAUACUGGAAUAUCAAACAGCAAAACAAAGAGGAAUGGCUCAAGAGCACCAAAUUGAAGAGUCAUGGGUAAAUCAUAUGCAUCCACCACAUGCAAAGGUAGCAAGAGGUGUAGCAGGCAGACCAUAUCAAUUUGGCAGGAUUCUUUUCCCACUAGAUGAUGGUAGGAUAGCGGAACUUCAUCUAUCAGGCUUUGGUGGUGAAAAUUCAGGACCAGAUAAUCAAGUUAGUAUCCGAAAAAGAAUGUCAUCCAAGUAUGUUUGGUCAAUAUUGGAUGCUCCUGAGACUGAAGGCUGGAAUACAGAGUAUUGUACAGACGAACGUGGACCUACUAACUGUAUAAUGGGCGUAAAGGAUGAAACAAAUGAUUCUCCGAGCACAAGAACUACGACAAGAAGACGAAAGGGAAUCCAACAGAACUACUUGAUCCCUGAUGCGUCAAGCAUCAACCUAGAAAAACCACAGGAAGAAUGUAAAUCGGAAGAGAAUUGGGUGAAUGUAAACUUCCGCAUGAGAGUGCUGCAAGGAGGUAGAUCAUUUUUUCUGGUGUCAAACAGUGGUCUGACUUUUGAAUAUCUUUACGAUGACAAGGUAGGACUAUGGCUAAAGCACGAUUACCCAACAGCUAUGAAUGGUGCAGUUGGAAGCUACAAUGGAAGUCUCUUUUUAGUUGAUACCCAUGGUUCUCUACUUAUCAGAGAGAGAAGCAAUGAUGAGUUGCAAUGGAUAAAUUGUACUGCUAUGAAGAAAGGGAAAGAAAUAACUGGUGGCCCUCCAUGGGAUAGGAUUCAUGGUACACGAAAAAAAAUCACGAAAAAUGACGCAAUUUAUUUCAUAAGCAAGGAGGGAAGGCUACUGCAAUUCACUGUUGCUCUCAAGAAUUUUGCAUGGAAAGACUGCAAAAACCCUGCAAAUACAAGGAUUGCGACGAUUGUAGACCAGGAAGUGUGUAGAGAUAAAGUAGUUUUUGUUAUUGGAAGGAAUGGGCAGUUGUAUCAAUAUAAUACAUUGUCUGGAUUAUGGCAUGAGCAUCAUCAAUCUCAGCACCUAGUUCUCUCAAGAUUACCUGGGACAGCCAUGAGACCAUCAGCACUAUCUUUGCAAAGCUCACUUUUCAUGGUUUCAGAAGAUGGUGGACUAGUUGAAUAUCACUGGAACUCGCUUGAUGGAUGGAUGUGGAUUGAACAUGGCACACCUAAUGAAGGAGUAACAAUAGUUGGAGCACCAGGGCCAAGUUUUGAGGAUCAUCAGUUAUUCUUAGUUGGCUCAGAUGGGAAAGUUCACCUUCGGUACUUCGACCUAGGAGAUUGGAAGUGGAGAAACUUUGGAUUUCCAAAUUUAGAAAGUAGAUCAGUUGAGCAAGAAAGAGAGGAAAAUCUGAAGCAUCAAAGAGAAAAUUGUCUUGAUGACAAUGCAGAAAAGGCCAAAGCGAGAAAGAUGAACAAAAGUUGUGAUCCUAAGGUGGCAUCUACACGGCCUAUCCGAUCAGCAGAGGAUAAGAUAAUCUUUGAGCUAAGAGAUGGCAGGUUGGCAGAAAUGCAUCGAGAGAAGGACUCCGAUUGGGUAUGGUCCAAGAUCAUUACAACUCCCACAAGCCUAUGCAAUGAAAAUUUCUGGGCAGCUGCCGCAUCCUGAUGUCGAAUAUACACACUUGGGGAUUAAAACAGAACAUCUUACAGAUUAUAACAAGCAUAAUUACAGAAGCUCAGGAGCUUGGAAAUUCUGAAAUAUACAUACUGUACAUAGUAACAUUAAAAGGAUGAACACAUUAAGAUGUACAAUUUCAUACCAUUAUGACUAUGUACCAAAACUAUAUUCUAAUAUGCAGUAUCUUGGAGAAUCAUGAUGUCAUUGUCACCAUUGAAUUUCUGAUAUAAUAUGUAGUAGUAAACUUCAAUGUUUAGAUAUGUGACAGUUUCCUGAAUGCAAUAAAUUAACUUAUGGGCUCAGUCAGAAAAAUCCAAAAUCCUACUCAUGUAAUCUAAUAUAGUAAUAUGUAAUUAACUAAAUAUAUAUCAUUAUUCUUACGCGUA